GCGGGGCGUAGCGCCGUGAGGCCGUGAUGACGUACAGGCGUACGCUCGGUGGCUCCUCGGGGAAGAUGGCGGCUGCAUCUUUGAAGGAGAGGAAUUGAGAGUGGGGCGAAGCGAAGAGGACCAGACGGGAGAGCCAUUCCCUGCGGCGCCAAAGGACGCCGCGCUCGCGGUUCGGAGCUCCUCCCGGCCCCCCACGUGACUUAGUAGGAAAAUAUCACCAUGGCUACAGAAAUUGGCUCUCCUCCACGAUUUUUCCAUAUGCCGAGGUUUCAACACCAGGCUCCCCGACAAUUAUUUUAUAAGCGACCUGAUUUUGCACAGCAACAAGCAAUGCAGCAACUCACCUUUGAUGGAAAACGAAUGAGAAAAGCUGUGAACCGAAAAACCAUAGACUAUAAUCCUUCUGUAAUUAAGUAUUUGGAGAAUAGGAUAUGGCAAAGAGAUCAGAGAGAUAUGCGGGCAAUUCAGCCGGAUGCAGGUUAUUAUAAUGAUCUGGUCCCACCUAUAGGAAUGUUGAAUAACCCUAUGAAUGCAGUAACAACAAAAUUUGUUAGGACAUCAACAAACAAAGUAAAAUGCCCAGUAUUUGUUGUGAGGUGGACCCCGGAAGGAAGACGGUUGGUCACUGGAGCUUCUAGUGGGGAGUUCACCUUGUGGAAUGGGCUGACUUUCAACUUUGAAACCAUAUUGCAGGCUCAUGAUAGCCCUGUGAGGGCCAUGACUUGGUCACAUAAUGACAUGUGGAUGUUGACAGCAGAUCAUGGAGGAUAUGUGAAAUAUUGGCAAUCCAACAUGAACAACGUCAAGAUGUUCCAGGCACAUAAGGAGGCGAUUAGAGAGGCCAGUUUCUCACCCACGGAUAAUAAAUUUGCUACAUGCUCUGAUGACGGCACUGUUAGAAUCUGGGAUUUUCUUCGUUGCCAUGAGGAAAGAAUUCUCCGAGGUCAUGGUGCUGAUGUGAAGUGUGUAGACUGGCAUCCAACCAAAGGGUUAGUCGUUUCAGGAAGUAAAGAUAGCCAGCAGCCAAUCAAGUUCUGGGAUCCCAAGACUGGGCAGAGUCUUGCAACACUUCAUGCCCAUAAAAACACAGUGAUGGAAGUGAAAUUAAACCUCAAUGGCAACUGGCUCCUCACAGCGUCCCGGGACCACCUUUGUAAGCUUUUUGAUAUCCGAAACCUGAAAGAAGAGCUUCAAGUAUUCCGAGGUCACAAGAAGGAAGCUACAGCGGUAGCCUGGCAUCCUGUUCAUGAAGGACUUUUUGCCAGUGGAGGAUCUGAUGGCUCGUUGUUGUUCUGGCAUGUUGGGGUAGAGAAGGAGGUAGGUGGGAUGGAAAUGGCCCACGAAGGGAUGAUCUGGAGUUUGGCUUGGCAUCCUCUGGGACAUAUUCUCUGCUCAGGCUCAAAUGACCAUACCAGCAAAUUCUGGACUCGAAACCGGCCAGGUGAUAAAAUGCGAGACCGAUACAACCUGAACCUCUUGCCUGGCAUGUCAGAAGACGGAGUAGAGUAUGAUGACCUGGAACCUAAUAGCCUGGCAGUGAUCCCAGGGAUGGGAAUACCAGAGCAGCUGAAGUUGGCCAUGGAGCAGGAGCAGAUGGGGAAAGAUGAAUCAAAUGAAAUUGAAAUGACAAUUCCAGGCUUGGAUUGGGGAAUGGAGGAAGUAAUGCAAAAGGAUCAGAAAAAAGUUCCUCAGAAGAAAGUCCCUUAUGCAAAGCCCAUUCCUGCUCAGUUCCAACAGGCCUGGAUGCAAAAUAAAGUUCCAAUUCCUGCUCCAAAUGAGGUGCUGAAUGACAGGAAAGAGGAUAUUAAGUUAGAAGAGAAGAAAAAAACACAAGCAGAAAUUGAGCAAGAAAUGGCCACAUUGCAGUACACCAACCCUCAGCUUUUAGAGCAACUUAAAAUUGAAAGGCUUGCACAGAAGCAGGCUGAUCAGAUCCAGCCCCCUCCCUCAUCUGGUACCCCUCUCCUCGGACCUCAGCCCUUUUCUGGUCAAGGUCCAAUAUCUCAGAUUCCUCAAGGUUUUCAGCAGCCUCAUCCAUCUCAGCAGAUGCCCUUGGUGGCUCAAAUGGGACCUCCAGGUCCGCAGGGCCAGUUCAGAGCCCCUGGACCUCAGGGACAAAUGGGACCACAAGGCCCUCCAAUGCAUCAAGGAGGUGGGGGGCCACAAGGAUUCAUGGGACCACAAGGACCCCAGGGCCCUCCCCAGGGACUGCCACGGCCUCAGGACAUGCAUGGUCCACAAGGAAUGCAGAGGCACCCUGGACCUCAUGGCCCUUUGGGUCCCCAAGGGCCCCCUGGACCUCAAGGUAGUUCUGGUCCUCAAGGUCAUAUGGGUCCUCAGGGUCCACCAGGACCUCAGGGUCACAUUGGCCCCCAAGGCCCACCUGCUCCUCAGGGCCACAUGGGCCCACAGGGUCCUCCUGGUACUCAAGGAAUGCAGGGGCCACCUGGUCCCAGAGGAAUGCAAGGACCGCCUCAUCCUCAUGGGAUACAGGGUGGGCCAGCGUCUCAAGGGAUGCAGGGACCUCUGAUGGGACUGAAUCCAAGAGGAAUGCAGGGGCCUCCAGGACCUCGGGAGAAUCAGGGUCCUGCUCCUCAAGGGAUGAUGAUUGGCCACCCACCUCAAGAGAUGAGAGGACCACACCCUCCAAGUGGAUUGCUGGGACAUGGCCCUCAGGAAAUGAGAGGUCCUCAGGAGAUGCGGGGCAUGCAGGGGCCUCCACCACAGGGGUCAAUGUUGGGCCCUCCCCAGGAACUUCGAGGACCCUCAGGUUCACAAGGGCAGCAAGGGCCACCCCAGGGCUCUAUGGGACCUCCACCCCAGGGUGGCAUGCAAGGACCUCCUGGACCUCAGGGACAACAGAACUCGGCAAGAGGGCCACAUCCAUCUCAAGGGCCAAUACCAUUCCAGCAACAGAAAGCACCUCUGCUAGGUGAUGGGCCCCGGGCCCCCUUCAAUCAGGAAGGACAGAGUACAGGUCCCCCACCCUUGAUACCAGGCCUAGGGCAACAGGGAGCACAAGGCCGCAUCCCUCCUCUGAACCCUGGACAAGGACCUGGCCCUCACAAAGGGACCAAAGGGAGAAGGGAGAGACAUGCAAGUGGCCUACCAUCCCCUCCUGGAUUAGUUGCCACCACCACCACAUCACCGUUUGUAGUGGUGACUCUCGGGGCCCUCCCAACCACCACCUGGGUCCCAUGUCAGAGAGGCGGCAUGAGCAGAGCGCUGGACCUGAGCAUGGUCCUGACAGGGGGCCUUUCCGGGGUGGCCAGGACUGCAGGGGUCCUCCUGACAGGCGUGGUGCUCACCCUGAUUUCCCUGAUGACUUCAGACCAGAUGACUUUCAUCCUGACAAGCGUUUUGGCCACCGGUUACGGGAAUUUGAGGGACGAGGAGGACCCUUACCACAAGAAGAGAAGUGGAGGCGAGGGGGCCCUGGACCCCCCUUUCCACCUGAUCACAGGGAAUUCAAUGAGGGGGAUGGCCGGGGUGCAGCCCGAGGCCCUCCAGGGGCAUGGGAAGGCCGUAGACCUGGAGAUGAACGCUUCCCCCGGGAUCCUGAUGACCCACGAUUUCGAGGGCGCAGGGAAGAAAGCUUUCGACGAGGGGCUCCCCCAAGACACGAAGGCCGUGCUCCUCCAAGAGGAAGGGACAACUUUCCUGGUCCUGAUGACUUUGGUCCAGAAGAAGUUUUUGAUGCUUCUGAUGACACAGCCCGAGGACGAGAUCUCAGAGGUCGAGGCCGUGGCACCCCUCGAGGGGGAUCCAGGAAGUGCUUACUCCCCACUCCUGAUGAGUUUCCUCGCUUUGAAGGAGGACGGAAGCCAGACUCCUGGGAUGGAAACCGAGAGCCCGGACCAGGUCAUGAACACUUUCGUGAUGCUCCCCGUCCUGAUCAUCCCCCUCACGAUGGCCACUCACCAGCUAGCAGAGAGCGUUCCUCUUCUCUCCAAGGCAUGGACAUGGCCUCCCUACCACCCCGGAAGCGCCCCUGGCAUGAUGGCUCGGGCACUUCUGAACACAGAGAGAUGGAGGCCCAAGGAGGCCCCUCGGAGGACCGAGGAAGCAAAGGCCGAGGUGGCCCAGGACCUUCCCAGAGAGUGCCAAAAUCUGGGCGUUCCAGCUCUUUGGAUGGAGACCAUCAUGAUGGAUACCACAGAGACGAACCUUUUGGUGGCCCUCCAGGCAGCAGUUCAUCUUCUCGAGGGGGCCGGAGUGGCAGUAACUGGGGUAGAGGGAGUAACAUGAACUCUGGCCCUCCAAGGCGGGGCACUUCUAGAGGAAGUGGGAGGGGUCGGUAGGAGGCUACGUAGCCCCAGGCCUCUGGAUACUAUUUAAGACGCUCUUGUGGACUUGCCACUGAAGCAAGAACAAGCCUUUACCACUGUAGCCCUGGAUGCUUCUUCUGGGGUAGCUGAGUUCCAGGAGCCCAGUGAGAUGCUGGAGACGAAAAGACUGCUGCCAACUCCCUCCCCAGGGUAGUUGGCCCUGGUUUGUCUUGUAUCUCCUCAUUGCUCUGACUCUCCCGUUUGUUUGUGAAGAUAAAAGCUGGAAUCCUUUUUUUUUAAGUGUCAUGAGAAAUGGAGCACCUCCACAAAGUUAAGUUCAUGUCCAAUUGGAAAUUUAUUUCUAUAUGUACAGUUUGUCAGAGAAAAAAAAAAAACCUUGUUUUGUAUGAA